AUGAAAGAAGACACUGAACGGCGUACCGACCUUGUCAGAACCGCCACAGCCAGACAUAGAAAGGGUAAUCAUGCGACGCCGAAAGUACAAAUUGAGAGUAAUGAACCACCAAAAUCUUCAAACCCAACGACUGAAGCAUCAGAGGAGCAGUCUCCAGGAAAAACACACGGGCGUUUCCCAUCUAGGGAUGAACCUCUUGUUCUUGAGCCGGUUGAUAAGAUGCUGUGUCGCUUCCAAGGCCAGAGUGGGAAAGAACACCGUUCUGCUCAAAACAAACGCAGGAAGCUUGACGUCUCUCAGAAGACACAACAAGGUCGGGACCAAGACGUCUCGCAUCGACUGCAUAAUUCUGUUUCUCGUAUGGCGCCAAGAGACAAGAGAGAUUUGAGUGGAGUCGCAGACAUGAGUUGCACAGACGGGAAAGGCUUUGUCGAUCAGAGUGAACUCAAGCUACAAAUUGGCCAGGAUCUUCAGCAAGCGACAUCUUACGGUGGUCCUGGGAGAAACGAAGUAUCUACCGCAGUGCCUUGUUUGCAGUCAAACCGUACGGAGCAGACGAUAUCUAAGAACAAAACACUCUCGAUCGCCACUGAGUUUGCUACUUCAAGCUCUCAAUUUCAAUCUAAUUCGAAGGCAGAGAGCAGAACACAAAUAACUACGCGAAAGCGAUUAGUGGAUUCACUUGGUCCCCUGGAGCCGACAGUCGAAGAUGCGUUGCGAGCAUCCAGAGCCAACGACGACACCGAAGUCGACCCGCUUCCCCGCCACAGCCCUCGUAGAGACUCUUUAUUAAACUGUCAGCCGAAACCGAGUUCUGGACCUGUUAAGCUGGUGACUGAAAGCGAGAACAAGGGGAGUGCUGAAACAUCUGGUCCAGUCUCAUCCAGAGUGGGAGGCUGUAGGGUCACUUACGCGCGACAGCGGUCUUUCUUGGAUGACACCUCUAUCGUUGACAGUCGUCGUCCUUCCGAAAUCCCGGCUUCAACAGCGGGCAGCUUUGUUCAAGGGCACCGAAAAUACGGACGCGAGAUUCUCUCCAGUCAUUCGUCGCAUCUUGGUGACGGAGAAACAAGCGAUAGCGGUCCUGUUCGUGGGAUUCACGAGCUUAGGCAAGCUGGAGACAACUCCCGCUUUCGAAGCGCGAUUGAAUUGAUAUUCGAAGACAUUGAGGAUGCAUACAAUACCACAUCUGGUAGAUGCGGUAGUUUUGUCCAGCUAUGUGAAAAGCUACUGGACCGUCAGUUUGUCCGGCGCUUUCUCGAACAUGGCUUCCACGAACGACUCGUCGGAUGCAUAGAUGGUCGCCUUGAUGUGGUAUCUGCAUCGUUCGCCCUUUGCGCAUGCAGAUUGGUCAAUUCAUGCGACAAGGUAUCUCACAUCUCGUUAAUCAGCCACUGGCCAGAUGUGAUGGUUCUAUCUCCUGUGCUACUGCCCGUGGAACGUGAUCUUUUGUCUCUAUCGCAACUACCAACUGCUGGGUUAUCAAGAUCGGUACAAAUGUCCAUCAAGCACAUUUUACCUCGUUUAUCUUCAACCAUCAGCGGAGACGAGCCGGCUUUCAAAAUAUCGCCUCAAUUUGUGGCUCUUAGUAGCAUCCAGUCUUGCCUAGUAAGUUUGAACAAUAAGGGCGGCAGCAUUGAACCCAUUCCGGCGACUCUGUCAGACCACCUUGUCAAAUUGUUGUUGCCAGAAAGAGGCAAGACUAUCAAAUUUCCUGUAUCGCGGGAAAGGUUCAGGACACUGGUUUUGAUUUUCUCGAUACUGGAGUCUUACGCGAUCGUAUUCAGCGCAGCAGACCACGAUCAAAACUACCCGUCUCUGAGUUCACUUUCUCGGCUUCAUGAAAUUCUCAAUCUGAGCCAGUGCAACCAGGGUAGGCAACUUCGCAUGUACUAUAUUCGAGCAAUAUUGAACCUCACCAAUAGCGACCCGAAUCUCUGUAACGAAUAUGCAACACCAGAGCUGGUGAAGGGAUUGGUCAACAUCGUCACGUCAGAGAUUCGCGCCGCGUCCGACGAUAGUUCUACAGGGGAGGACAACUCCUUGCACACGUUAGUCUUAGUCUUGGGUGUCCUUAUCAAUAUGACAGAGAAAAGCGAGUCAGCGAGGGGUCUUUUCCUUCAUCUGACUCUCGAUUCGACAUCUUUAAUCCAAUCGCUUUUGGAACGAUUUUACGAAAGGGUGAAUUCGGUCAGUGAGGCACAUACAACUCCUACAGUCAAUCGCAACGUUACUGUCGGAUAUCUAUCUAUCCUGCUGCUCACGCUUUGUUUCAGCGACGAGGCAAUCUCCCAGGUGAGGAGGUCACUCGACAACAAGGGACUUACCGUAGUUUUAUCAACCGCAGGUGAGUUUCUGAAAUACUAUCGGAAAAUUGAUUCAGACUUGGAUCCAUCCGAGUCACGAAAAGGCCAAAACUCCGGACUUGUGGCGAGAUUAGAACAUAUCAUACAGCAGAUUCAGCUGCGUGAAAACACGCUCUUGUAA